UGUAGGGCGAGGGGCAGGCCGGCUAUGCCUGCGCCUAUGAUGAGCGCGGGGAGGGGAGUGGACAUGGUUCAAGGUCGUGGUGAGGAGCAACAGAGGAGGAGGAGGAGGAAGAGCGAGGGAACGCAACGAAGCUCAGACAACGCAACGUUGAUUCAUCAAUUAGGUAGAGACUCCAAGAGGCUCCAUGCCGUCUGUUUCGGGGAAGAAGCUCAGCUAGUCAUUCAGUUUCUAGCACAGCAGCCAAGCAUCACUAAACUCACGCACCCGGAUGGUUUGCUCAUCACUCAGUUCCUCGCUCGGGCCACGUCGAUCGCGGCAGCGCAAUCCCGUCCAUCCAACGUCACGCUUCCUCAUCGGACCAGCCGUUUGCCCAAGGCAAGGUAGGGAUCGGUAUUGCAGAGCAAAAGGAAAUGGCGUCGGUCUAUUUGACAUCACAAGAAAGCGAGAGUUAAGGCCAAAGCGACGCAUCACUCGAAAGAUUGAAGAUGACGCUGCGCAGAUUCUUUCGCAUCGAGUGCAAGCGGUCGAUGCUCUGUCCGUCUUCCAGGUUAAACCACCGAUCAUGCGUCAAAGCCUCGGCCAGCGUCUCCUUGGGUUCGCCGCCUUUGGCCGAGUCCAGACGAUGGAUGUCCGAGUUGGACGAUGUGCGCCCACUCUCCACUGUCGUCUUCUCCACCUUGUAUUGGCUGAUCAGCGAAGGGACUACAGUGUAGGACUUGAGCAGACCAGCCCAGACGGCCUCGCUCAGCGUCACGUCGACUGCGUCCAGCCUCAUGUUGGCGUGGUAAAGCGCACGAGCAGCGCCGCGCUUCGUCAUGGCGUAGGAGCCCGUGCAGACGGGGAAAGCCGAUCGAGCUAUGAGGCGUUGUCGUUCAGCGACAGGCGAGUCCCACGAGGGAAGCACACCGCCAAAGUUGGCUACGACUGACUUGAAGCUGUUAGACCAGGCGUCGGCGUGCGAAACGCUCGUAUCGUUGUAGAUGACGCCGGGGAGGUGAGCAAAGUCAAUCCCGGGGGGGUUG